AUGAAAGCACGAUGCAGCGGAGAUUAUCCAAGCUGCAAUCGAUGCUAUACCAAAGGCAUUGAAUGCGUCUACCCUUCGCGCGACAGGAGACAAGUCGGAACUGGCUCUUCCGAGGUCGAGCAGAGUCUGGCCGGUGUCACUUUCGAGGGAGCUUCAGAAACAGCAUCACGAUCCAGCCCCCUGCUCGCAGAACAGCCCAGUCAAGUCCCACCUGCCGCAGCGCUCAUACGACACCCUCCCUUGCUCACACGUGAACGGGUUUUGGAAGCCAUCCAGGCCUUUUUCCAGUACCUCCAGCCCCUUCCGAGCCUCGCAGUUCUGCACAAGGCAUCGCUCUUGCGGCUCGUUCACCAAGAUCAAGCUGAUCGGGCAUUACUCUUUUCGAUCGUAGCAAUCACUUCUCACACUCCAGGUGCUCCAGCAAGCCAUAGGGAGAUCGGGUCACGAUGCGCAGACUUGGCCGAGGAGCUGAUCCUGGCUGAGUUCAGACAGCCUUCCAUAUUCAAGCUGCAAGCAUUGUUGUUCGUGAUCCGGUACAGAAUAUGGACCGCUUCCCACAAUGCCGCAUUCCUGCUCAUGGCCCAACUCACACGGUCCGCUUUCGCUCUGCGCAUCAACCAUGAAACCUUACGGCCUUCGUUUUAUGUCCAAGAAGCCCGCCGCAGAUUGAUGUGGGCCAUCUACAUCCUCGACUCAACAAUGGCUUGCGGGCUUCAGGAGUAUACACUGUGCCCAAUCACAGCAAUUCAUCUUCGCCUCCCUGCCGUGGAAGACGACUUUGAGCUCAACAACGAGAACGUUUUCAACCAGAUCCGGGAGAACGGACCUCAGUCUGUUCGUCUGGGGAUAUUGGCUUAUUAUGUACGCAUCAUCAACCUUCACGAUGAGAUUCUGAGGUGCAAGAGGCAAGCAAUGUCCUCAAGAUCCGAUUUCCGCGUCAUAUCGUCACGCUUCCAGAGCCUAGAAAAAGAUCUGGAGACUUUUGUGUCGAGACUGCCUCCAGGCGAGCAAUUCUCCGAGAGGAACCUGGCACUGCGAGCGUAUUCGCCGCGCCUGCCACGCUAUGUAAUGACGCAUAUCUGGUGGAAUCAUUGCCAUUGUCAACUCUUUCGAGGCACAAUUCCCGCACUCGGCGAAUCGCUGCCACAAGAGUAUCUGGACCAUCUAGGACUCGAUGUCGGGUUUGAGCAGCAGGUCAAAUGCCUCCUCCAUGCGCAGACAAUUGCGCAGAUUCUCUCCUCUCUCCUCGAAAUUGAAGGCGGCACAUGGGCACUGGAGUACGAAAUGGCAGAGUGUGCACAUAGCGCCACAGAGGUCUUGCUAGCCAUCGAUGCCUCGCAACGAGCUCGACUUGGAAUCUCAACCGAGGACAUAGUACGGGACGUGACCGUCUGCUUGGAAUUGAUCAGGUACAUGUCCGGCAUGUACCCAGCUAUAACAGACAUCGAGCAGGCACUGCUUUCUGUGCCACAGGGCCUUCUGGAGAAACCAAGACUUAUGAAACCUACGAGGGAGAUCGUCCCCAGGCAAUUCGUUCCCAGACACACAGUGCUUGGCAAUGUCGGCUUCACAGACGACAGUCCCAAGCUCGAAAUGACGCCCUCAGCAAAGAACAGGACACCUAUUCAGCCUUCCGAGCCGCCCAGCAUUGGUGCGGCUAUCCAAACACCGCCAGAAAUGCCGAAUGAUGCCCAUCCAGCACCUUUUGCAUUGCAGGAGCCGUUCCCAAAUCUGGAACCAACAGGAGAUGUGGAGUUAGGUGAUGGGUUUCCCUACCUGGAGUCGGUCUCCAGUGCCUGGGAUCAGAUGUCACUGUUUCAAGAUCCAUUCGAUGGCUUUGAACAAGGUACCGAGGAGGUGCUCUGA